CCUUUGCAAAAUAAAAAAACUGAUACCACCGAAAUCAGAGCUGUUCAUCAAAUGGCUUCAAGGACCAAGUUUCCUUAUAUAAGGCUGAGAGACGAAGGUUGGCCUGACAAAGCUGAAGAAGGAGUAGCAUACAGAAAGACGGGGAAGCGGAUAAAGCUGAGGAGGUUGAAGCGGCUGAAGCUUCGGAUUCAAGGCUUGAGGAGGUUCCUGAGAAGGAGAAGCAGGUUGUUGACAAGAGUAAAAGUUUCAUGGGUCACGGCCUUGAGGAGGUUGAAGAGUGGGCAGACUCACAUGAACGAUCUUUUUGGAGGGAACUUUCUGGUUAUGCAGGUAAACCCUACUCCUUUCAGAUGUGGUGACAUGACUCUUGGCCGGCAAGGCUACAAAAGUUUAUGAAAAGUGUAUAUUAGCUUGCAUUCUCAAAAUAAAUUAAAAUUUUAAUU